AAGCUAAGCAAACUAUUCCUUCCUUUCUCCCGAUCUUUGUUGCCAUGUCUGUCUGAUCUCUCUUCUCCUGCCUGCAGCAGGCAGCAGGUGACUCUCCAUCCAUCCUCCCAAAGCAAAGCAAGCAGCCGCACACCCAUGUAUCCCGCUGCUACCCACAAGUGCACCCUGCAGAAGCAGCUGCUGCUCCUUCUUCUUCUUCUUCUGAUCUGAGCAGCAGCAGCAGCAGCAGCAGCAGAGCUGGCUGCAGUGCAAUCCGCUGCCAAAUUCCCCACACACCCGUAGAUUGUAAUCAUCUUCUUCUUCCCUCUUCCUGCAUGGUGUAGCUUUGCUUUUCUCUUCUUCUUGUUCUUGGAAAGCUGGGACUGGUGCUCCCUUUCAAACUGCUGGUGCUUUGGUGUUAGUAUGUGUGGAGAUGUACAGUAGAUGAGGAGGAGGAGGAGGUAGCUAGCUAGCUUAGCUAAGCUAAGCUUCUUGGCUAGGUAGGUGGCUAGCUAGAGGUGAGGUGAGGGUACGGGUGAGGUGGGGGAGGAGGGGAUUGGAAUUUGGAUAUGGAGGAUCUGUACAGCAUCCACCCGGGAAUCUCGCGCGGCGGGGGAGCGGCCAGCGAGGCGUCCGGGGUCGCCGGAGGGGGGAGCUCGCCGCCGCCGCCCCCGCCGCCGGCGGCGGCCGCGGCCGCGGAUCUGACGGAGCUGAUGAAGGCGCAGAUCGCCGGCCACCCGAGCUACCCCUCGCUCCUCUCCGCCUACAUCGAAUGCCGCAAGGUGGGCGCGCCGCCGGAGGUUGCCACGCUGCUGGAGGAGAUCGGCAGGGACGGGCGCGGGGGCGGAAGCAGCGGCGGCGGCGGCGGCGGCGGCGGCGGCGGGGAGAUCGGCCUCGACCCGGAGCUCGACGAGUUCAUGGAGACGUACUGCCGGGUGCUGGAGCGGUACAAGGAGGAGCUCUCGCGGCCGUUCGACGAGGCGGCCUCCUUCCUCACCGGCAUCCACACGCAGCUCGCCACCCUCUGCGGCGGCGGCGCGGCGCCGCCGCCGACCGACAACUCCGAUGAAAUGGUGGGAUCCUCGGAAGACGAGCCGUGCUCAGGAGAUGCUGAUGCAGCUGAUUUUGGGCAAGAACACAGCUCCCGCUUGGCUGACCAUGAGCUCAAGGAGAUGUUGCUCAAGAAGUACAGCGGGUGCCUCAGCCGCCUCCGGUCCGAGUUCUUGAAGAAGAGGAAGAAAGGGAAGCUACCGAAAGACGCGCGGUCGGCUCUGAUGGAGUGGUGGAACACACACUACCGUUGGCCCUACCCUACGGAAGAGGAUAAGGUGAGGCUGGCCGCGAUGACCGGCCUCGACCCGAAGCAGAUCAACAACUGGUUCAUCAACCAGAGGAAGAGGCACUGGAAGCCAUCGGAGGACAUGCGGUUCGCGCUCAUGGAGGGGGUCACCGGAGGAUCCUCCUCCGGGACGACGCUCUACUUCGACACCGGCACCAUCGGGCCAUGAGAAUUGCACUCCAGUUAUGAGUGUAGCCCCUUGCAAAAGGUAAAUGCUACACCCUCUGUGUGAAGAAGCAAGGGAUCAGAUCAUAUUAUUACAAAGAGAAAAAAGAUGAAACCAAUCAAUCAUUCAAUCGAUCAAAUAACCUCAUCAUUUUGUCGAAAUUGUUGUGUAUAUGGUGUUGUAAGAGGGGAUGACCUGUAAAAACUCUGUCUGCACUCAGCCGGCUACCGUAACAUUAAUUAAUUGUUUGUAAUCCCUGACGACUGCCCGGUUAAACCAUUUUAGACAGGAAAGGAUGAACUAUAACAUGUAGCAAUAAUAACGAUACCCUUUUUUUUUUCGGUGCAUUUCGUAAUCGCUGCCAAUUGGUGGAUGCACAUGUUCGAUUGUAAGAAGAAAGAAGCCUACAUCUGUGUAAUAUUGUUGCUAGUAUAAAAACUUACAAAUUAUGUACGAUUUAGUGCGUUUUGGUCAAA